AUGUUUUCAGAAGACUUUGAUUAUGAUUUUAACGUGAAACAGACUGUUGGUAAAAAAAGAGAAGCUAAACCUAAAAAAUAUAGAAGAUCAGGAGGUGAGAAAGCAAAAGGUUGCCCCAGACCAAAAGUUUGGAAACCAAAGUCAAUUUCGAAUUUAUUAAAAGGUUUAAGUUCUUUUCGAGUAGACUUUCGUUUCGAUAUUUGCAUCCCGAAUGAUUGCAACGAAAAUGAUUUAAGAAGUAUUUUAAAUUGGUUGCUCGGUAGUGAACUGUCAGCUAGAGUUGAUUAUUGCAAAGAGAAGAACCAGAAAGUUGUUUAUUCCACUUCUCAAAUAAUAUGUUUAUUAACAGUGCCAGUAUUUUGUCUUGUAGCAGCGACGAAUAUUUUACCUCUUCUAGGAGAUGGGCCUCAUUGGAAUGACCUGUUAAGCGAUGUACAUGAAAUUGUACAGAAUUGGCCCAAAUAUGUUUUUCAUUACAAUAAUUUCAUAGAACAAAUUGCUCCAAAUUCGAUUAAACUUGAACAUUUAUGGUUUAUAAGCGCCUUGUUUCAGCAAACCCUUGUUGCUAUACCUUUACUCUACAUAAACAACAGAUGGCCGAAGUAUGGAAAAAUUAUCACAGUGAUGUUAAUUGUGGCAGGAGUUGCAUCACACGUUAUUAAUACAAAUGUAUACAAAGAUCACACAAUGUUUGGUUAUUCUGCUGAUUAUAGAAAACUUUUAAAUUACCUGAAACAGAAUUACAUUAAACCUUAUUAUGCACAUCUCAGCUCAUUUUUUACUGGAUUUUUGUUUGGAUGUUUUCUGUUGAAAAAAGGAGAAAUUAAAUUUGCUCGUAAAACCCUUCUGGUAUUUUGGAUCGUUAGUAUUAUAUUGAUAAUGCUGGCAAUAUUUGGAUUGCACGGUUAUAAAAGAGAAACGUCACCAAACGACACUAUAGUGUAUUUACAUCACACGUUAUCUCCAUUUGCUUUUACUGUGGUUACCGCAUGGAUUUCUGUUGCAUGCAUUACGGGAUACGGUGGUAUCUGUAAUCGAAUUUUUUCUUUGCGAAUAUUUUGUAUGUUGGAUAAAUUAAUUAUUUGGAUCUACAUGCUUCAUAUACUAGUUUUAAUGUAUAUUUAUAGUCAUUUACGGAAAGGUCUUUACGCAUCAGCAAUAACUCUGUGGAUGUUGUUCCUAAUGGUGAUGUGCCUAACUUUGAUAGCGUCGUUACUCAUGCAUUUAUUUGUGGAAACACCUUUGAAUUAUCUUAUUGAUAAAAUAAUUGAUUUUUUCUGUAAGAAGAAAAAAGUGGAUAAAAACGAAGAAUGCAGAAUUUAUAAUUUGCGUGAAAAUCAAAGCGACGACAACAAUAAAGUCUAA